AUGCUCGCGGCCGGUUUGGCAGUCGGCGGCGGCUCGUGGGACGUCGCUCAAGACGGGUCCAAGCUCGUGGCGUGGAUCGACGGCGUGUACCGCGCCGACUUGAGCGUGGGCAGCAAGCAAAAGGUUUUGCAUUUUGCGAUGGAGCAGACGCUGUUCCAGGAGAAGGCCGUGUGGGUCUACCAGAUCCCGGUGCUCACGGGCGACCCGCGCGCGGACGCCUGGGACAUUGAGAAGCCAUUGCUUACGGCGUCGCUCAAGGUGCUGCAGACCAACGACGACUGCAGCAUCCAGCUCUUCGAGCCCGCGGUCGGCGACAACCCGCCGGUCCUCUUUGCCCAGUGCCCCGUGGACAUUGACGCCGAGCGCAGCCUCACCGUCUUUGUGCAGUACUGCGUCGACUCGUCGCGCUACUUUGUGCUCCGCGCGGUCGACCACGCCAGCAAGCGCAAUGCGUUCAUCGGCGUUGGCUUUCCCGAGCGGUCGGCGGCCUUUAACUUUCGCGCAGCGCUCGAAGACUUUGGCCGGUACAAGCAGCGGCUACUGGUCAUCGCAUCGAAUGCAACAAAGGAGACCAAGGACCUCAGUCUCCCGGAAGGCGCGACGAUCCGCGUCCAGAUUGGCGGCAAGACGCAAGUGUCGACGACGCCCAAGGAGCCCAAGGCGCCUGUGGACCUCUCGGCCAUCAAGUUUGCGCCGCCGCCAGCGUACAACCCGAGCGCCGUCGCGGACGACGAGUGGGGCGAGUUUACGUCGGGGUAAUACUGCGCAUUCGAAUGGAUUGCAUAAUCAUCAUCACGCACUGUUGUUGUUCUGC